UAUGGGCGAUCAAGAUCAAAGACAAAAAACUCGUUCGGCAAAUUAUACGCACCAAGAAAAAAUUUUGCUAUUAUAUAUUAUGUUAGAAUAUAAAAGUGUUAUCGAGUCUAAAAAAGUCCGAUGCGGUUACCUGGAGAGAUAAAGAGGAGGCAUGGAAAAAAAUAACUGAUAUUUUUAAUACUCAGUCUCGUACAGGAAUAUUUCGACAUACAGCGUCACUCAAAAAAGCUUAUGAAAAUAUAAAGAAGUGUACAAGGAAGGAUGUUGUUGAUGAAAAGGCAUCUCUAAUUCGCACAGGUGGAGGAAGAUAUGAAGUCAACACUAAUUCAAACCUGGAUUUGGCUUUGGAAAUAAUAAAUCAGAAAACUGUAUAUGGCUUGAAGAAUAAGUGUAGCGAUGUAGAAGAAUUAGAUCAAGUCGACUGUGACAAUGUGCAAGAAAACGUAUAUAUGGAAGAAAUAGAUGAUGACACAGCCAUACUUCUGCACGUUGUUGAGGAUGAUGAGGAUAAUACCGAAAAUAAUAAAACGGACUGGGGUAACUAUAAACCAGAGGAUUUUAAGAAACCUUUACAUCCAAAACUAUUACCAAAAGCAAAAAAAAUUGAAUCGUCAUCAAGGAAGGUGCCUUUGAAUGAAACUACAGCUACUGAUGAUAAUGUCUGGCUCAUUUGGGGGCCGUCAGGAAAAAUCGAAAUCGGGGCCUAUUUGGUUUUGUGCUGCUUAUCGACUCUCCCAAGGAAAACUGUCUAUCUCAAAUUUGGUUAUACUGAGAUAAUUGCAUUUGAAUAGUUGAGAAAAUAAUAAUAUUACACGAGGAGUUCUGCAAGUUGAUUCAACAGUGUUUAAUAACAAACUUAUACAACGCUGAUAUUAUGGGAAACUGCAGAUUGAAGCUUUUUUGCGAAUGGAAUGAAAUUAUUAAAAAAAAAAGUAUUGAUACUAUUUUACCAAAAGGAUGCGUCUUGAAACAAAUACUAUCACUACAAAUGUUAAAUGCAGAAGACGGCAGUUAUUAUAAUAGAUUAUUAAAUCCAGGAGAUUUUAAAGACUGGAGAUAUGUAAAUAUGUUGUUAAAUAAAAUAGAUAAUCGGGAUACAUGUUUAAAAUGUACUAUAAUGGCUUUAAAUAGUUCGAAUGAGGAUGAAAAAGUCUCAGAUUUAAAUUUUGUGCCAUAUAUGAUAUCUUCAAUUGCAAAAGACUGCUCUGUUAUGAUAACAUUAAGAAAAAUUAAGGAAAA